AUGGCACCCAAGAAGAAGGUCGAGCGCGCAGCGCAAGAGAACAUCUCCCUCGGUCCUCAGGUGCGGGAAGGCGAACUCGUCUUCGGCGUCGCCCGCAUCUUUGCUUCCUUCAACGACACCUUCGUCCACGUCACCGAUCUCUCUGGCCGCGAAACCAUCUCUCGCGUUACGGGUGGCAUGAAGGUCAAGGCCGACCGUGACGAGUCCUCGCCAUACGCAGCCAUGUUGGCGGCGCAGGAUGUCGCGGCACGAUGCAAGGAGUUGGGCAUUACGGCUCUGCACGUGAAGAUUCGGGCUACUGGCGGCAACGGCACCAAGACCCCAGGCCCAGGCGCACAGUCUGCGCUCCGCGCUCUUGCCCGUUCCGGCAUGAAGAUCGGCCGCAUCGAGGACGUUACCCCAACACCGUCCGACUCGACGAGGAGGAAGGGUGGUCGCCGUGGUCGUCGUCUGUGA